CUGUCGGCCGUGGUCCAAAACGUCUCCCAAGUACGAGGUUAUUUAUCAGUGGAUAAAGGCUGCAGGUCGUGUCUCUGUGUAGAACUGAUAUCUAGCUCUUUAACCCCGCAGGAGGAGGAGGAAGUUAGCGACUCUAGCUCUGUUAGAUUAACAGACGAGGACGAUGAAAAGCUGCAAAACGUGAAUCCAAGGAGGCUUAAAUAUGAGCACCUGGUCUCUCGUCCUCUGGGGACGAGCCCCGACGGCCUACAGGAGCCAGUUAGGAUUAGCAUUCCUCGUUACGUCCUCCGCGGACAGGGGAAGGACGAGCACUUUGAGUUCGAGGUGAAGAUCUCUGUGAUGGACGACAUGUGGACCGUUUUCAGACGUUACAGCCGCUUUAGAGAAAUGCACAAGAGCCUGAAGUUGAAAUACCCCGAGCUCGCUGCUCUGGAGUUCCCUCCAAAGAAACUGUUUGGAAACCGAGACGAGCGGAUGGUGGCCGAGCGCCGUAACCAGCUCGAGCGCUAUCUGAGGAACUUGUUCAGGGUGAUGCUGUCGUCCUCCAGCUCUCCUCUCAGAGCCGACGCAGACGGCGGCUUCCAUCUCACCAAACACGCCGUCUGUGAGUUCUCACCGUUCUUUAAGAAGGGCGUCUUCGAGUACAGCAGCCACGGCACCGGCUGACACAGGCCUCAAACUUUCUCCAAACCAAAAAAAAAAAAAAAAAAGAAAAGACAACGUGACGUGCUGGAGAGAGCGUUUUGUUCCGACCUCGGGAGGUCAGAGAAUGGAAAAAAAAACACAUGCAGGUCAACUUCCUCUCCAGCCUCGGGACUUCCUGUGAGGCGAAUAUCUCAAACAUGGCGGCGAUGCUCUGCACUUACUUUAUGUGAUAAAUGUAGCACUCUGUUUGAAGAGUUAAAAGAAGUCAAACAUGUCUUCAGGGUCGAUUAUGAUCCGACUGUUCGAUCUUUAGACGACUUGAUGACGCUGAGCACCUGGCAAUGAAUGCUUCAAUAAAUGUACUGACAUGCA